GCGUCACUGUCGUUAAAUUUCAGAAGAGAAAAAAGAAAACAAAACUACUGUUACACUAAUUGAGGUGAAUUAUAGUUCUUCCACACUUCGUCACCAAAAUUCCGAACACGGUCAAAAUUACCCCCAAAUUAAUCUGUAUAAUCCACCAAUUUCGAAAACAAUGGAACCGGACUACAAUCCGAGCCGAAAAACUCUGAUCAAGAACAAAUGGGUGGCGGCGGCGGCCAGCAUAUGGAUCCAGUGCACCGCCGGCUCGCUCUACACCUUCAGCAUCUACUCCCAAGCCCUCAAAUCCACCCAGAACUACGACCAAUCCACGCUCGACACGAUUUCCUGGUUCAAGGACGUCGGGGCCAACGUGGGACUCCUGUCGGGGCUCCUCUACUCCGCCGCUGCCGGCCGCUGCGGACCCUGGGUUGUGCUCCUGGCGGGGGCGCUGCAGUGCUUCGUCGGCUACUUCAUGAUGUGGCUUGCGGUCACGGGGGCGCUGCCGCGGCCGCCGCCGGCGGUGAUGUGUUUGUAUAUGAUGGUGGCGGCGCACGCGAUGACUUUCUUCAACACGGCGAAUGUGGUCACCGGGGUGCAUAAUUUUCCUAGCUAUAGCGGCACCAUUGUUGGGAUCAUGAAGGGCUUUCUUGGUCUCAGUGGAGCCAUUUUAAUUUUAGUGUAUCAGAUGAUUUUCAAGGAUAAGCCUAGUGCAUAUAUCUUGCUCCUGGCAUUGCUGCCUCCAAUCAAUACGGUUCUACUUAUGGGGUUCGUUAGAAUCUUUAGAACGAGUGAAGAAGAUGAGAUAAAGCACUUGAAUGCCUUCUCAUCUUUUGCUCUUAUCUUAGCUGCCUAUCUUACAACUGUGAUAAUCGUCCAGAAUAUUCUCAGAUUAACCGUAUCCAUCCGUGCCUUAACAUUUUCUCUGCUCAUCAUGUUGCUGUUAUCCCCUAUUUUUAUUGCAAUUCGAGCCCAGAGGUAUAAGUCAUAUCGGAUGGUAAAGUCCUUGCUUGAGCAAAAUGAAAUUUUUGAUGAUAAAGACCCAAUAGAUGAUGAUGACACAGAUACCAUGCAAGACCAAGAUGAAUAUCAUGAGCUCCCAAGCAGUGCAGAUCAAGUAAGGGAGACAAGUAACAGCAUGUUGCAGUUGAGAGAAGAUGCGAAUCUUAUCGCAGCAAUGCGAACGAUCAGUUUCUGGCUUUUGUUCUUCACAACUGCUUGUUCAAUGGGAUCAGGACUGGCCUUGGUGAAUAACAUGAGCCAAAUAGGCCAAUCUCUUAGUUACACGAGCUUAGAGAUUAAUACUUUGGUUUCCCUAUGGAGCAUCUGGAAUUUCCUGGGUCGUUUUGGAGCCGGUUAUAUUUCUGAUUAUUUCUUACGUGCAAAGCGUUGUCCAAGGCCGUUGUUUAUGAUAAUCACUCUAGCAACCAUGAGCAUUGGCUAUGCUAUGAUUGCUUUUGGUUUCCCCGGUGCUCUCUAUGCCGGUUCUGUUUUGGUGGGUGUUUGUUACGGAUCACAAUGGUCUUUGAUGCCGACUAUUACUUCUGAACUAUUUGGGAACCAGCAUCUGGGAACGAUAUUUAACACCAUCACGAGUGCAGGUCCGAUCGGGUCUUAUAUUCUCUCUAUCUGGGUGGUGGGAUAUCUCUACGACAAGGAAGUAGCCGGUGAUGGAAACACAUGCAUUGGAAUUCAAUGCUUCAGGCUCUCAUUUCUUAUUAUGGCAGCUGUUGCACUCUCCGGCUCUCUUGUUGCCUUGGUGUUGUUUUUCUGGACGAGAAAAUUCUACAAACAUGUUGUGCUCCGGAGGCUUUUUCAUUCUCUACGAGAGAGCAAGCGUAUUGAUUAUGAUGGCUAGUUUUGUUCCCACACGUACAGAAUAGUGAUGUGCUGUAUGAGUUUUCGUGAAAAUAUUAGGAAAUGUAUAUGUCUUGCAGAGGCAAGAUCGCGUGACAGCAGAUUUCUACGAAACUUUAACGACGUUCUUGAUAUGUAGGUUUGGCCUUGAUAGAUCGUUUCCUUUUUCUUUCCCUUUUUUUGUGCUUAAUAGAUCGUUCACAUUUAAGACUGUUUGGUAUUUUCAGGAUGUAACCACCCUGCUUGAAGACUAUCUUGCACGUUUCUAGUACCUUACGCCUGUGCAAGAACGCUCUCGGAUGGAUGAACUGAUUCAGCUUCAAUCAUUCGGUAAUUUUUGUGCUUCAUUGUGCGUAGAUUUCAUCUUUCCCAUGUAGAGUCGUAUGCAUCUGAGAAGUGCAGGUGAAGGGGAAGUUCAUAAUUCUUGGGGUAUGAUGAAAUCUUUGUAACGUUAUUUAUUUCUGUUUUUUUGCCAUGUAGAGACUAUUUGAUCUUGUUUCUUUACUUUGAUGAGAAUUGCAAUAUACAUUUCAAGAUGAAUAAAAACAUAUAUCACGCUUGGUUUUUAA